UGUAACAACCACGAAAUGGAGUGUACACAAAGGCUAGAAUGUACGCAGGAGUUGUAUUCAUCACAAUCGGUACACCCCGAACAGAUUGGCUUUUUAGGCAUUUGUGGCGAGAAGUUUCCAGUGUUGAGAGGUCCAAACAAGAUUGGCAGGGAUCCACAAACUUGUGGCAUUAUUUUAAACCGCAAUUCAAUAUCAAGACAACAUGCAGUAAUAAAUGUACUGAAUGGAAAACAAUUUAUGCUCAUGGAUUUGGGCUCUGCUAAUAAAACAAAGUUAAAUAAUAAAGUUCUUCCACCAUACAUCCCUACACCACUUUCCAACGGCGAUACGGUACAGUUUGGAGAGAUAUUCGGCAUUUUUCAACUGCUUGAAGACGAAAGUGAUCUGCCUAUGACACAGGCAAUUGAUAUUCCCGACACUCCUGUCUGCACUCGUGGCAUCUCCAGGCUUAAUAAAGCUGGAAUUACUACAGUACCUGAAUCACCUGAUGUCAGUGAUCGGGAUGAAUCUUUCAUUGUUCCAUCUCAACCAAAGCAAUAUCAACAGUUCAAAAGUCCAAGCAAUAAAUUCAUUAAAGUAUCUGGUAAAGCCUUUUCAAUUCAACCUACAGGCACAUACAAAAUUGAUAAUGCUUAUUGGAAAUCAGCAGAGAAGUCAAACUCGUUAAAUUUGGCUAAAUCCCCCAUCAAUGUGAUUUCUCCUGUGGCUGGCAGUAGUACUCCAGUAAAUAAUAACUUGCAUGAAAUGGAUACGCAAGUUCCAUAUCCGACUGACAAUGAAAGUACAGAUUCAAUAUACUGUGCUGCUACACAGUUACCUGUGAAAGACAGUACUCCUUCUUUUCAUAGUAAAGACACUCAACUUCCGGAGCCCGAUUAUUUGCUUAACGCGGACAAAAUAAGCGAAGAGCAUAAUAUGGAACUUGACGUCCUUGGAGCUAAUAAAGAAAAUGAUAAUAGUUUGUAUAAUGCAGAGACACAGAUUCCAGCAGAAAAUGAAAAUGGAAACAUGUUUAACAAAACCAAUAUUACCGAUAGUGAAGACGCUGAAACUCAGCUUCUUAAUGUAGAAGAUAGUAGUCAGUCAAACGAACUUAAACAAAAUGACAUUGACGUUUUUACUGCUGCAACGCAGCUACCUGAUUCGGAAAAGGACUCCAUUUUCACUGCCCCUACACAGUUACCUAUUUUUGAGAAUGAUACGCAAGUACCAACCACAGCAAAACAAAGUAUGCCCGCCGAAUCACGAUCAAAAACUAAAGUUAAUUUUGGAAAAGGUGAUAGAUCAGAUGACCAAAUACUGUUCGAUGAAGUUGACAGUCAAUCUUUCUUGGAAGGAUUUGAUUCUCAGCCGUUGUUGCGACAAGAAGUCUCGCCGGAAGAUGAAAACAACAUAAUUCCUUUAUCGCAGGCCAGUCAGGAAGAUGAAUAUGAUGUCAUAAAACCAAAUUCUAUAGCUUUAAAGAGAGCUAACAGGAUUGAAUCUGAUUCGACAGAUUGCGAUGACUUGGACGUUUUGCAGACACAAAAAAUUCUUGCAAGACCAAUAGACGAUGAUCUCACUGAUUGUGAAGAUGACAUCGAUAUUGAACCUAAUAUAUUGAAGACUUGUGAGAACAAGACUGCUAAUUUUGAAGACAUAACCACACAAUGCGAUGUUGAUAACGUGCCGCAUAAAAGUUCUAUACUUAAUUUUGAAGACUUGCCUACACAAGUUCUUGAGGGCUAUAAUGAACUUAAUAAUGAUACAACACCUAAAUCUGUUGUUAAAAGUUCUGAUGAAACGAUAGCACACACAAACCUUGUACAGAACAUUGAAGAUAUGGCAACGCAAGUCAUUGGGGACGAUGUGGAAAUGAAAAAUGAUAAUGAACAUAAAGUCCUUGAUAGGAUUCCUAAAGAAACAUCAUUCGAAGAUAUGGCGACGCAAGUACUAUUCCCAGAGAACAAAGAAACAGAUUUUGCAGACUUAGCUACUCAAGUAAUUGACGAAAUCCCAUCUGAAAAAUCAGAAUGCAGUAACACUGCGAACAUGCAAUAUUCUGAAGAAAUCAUAUGUACUUUUAAAGUUCCCUAUGCCACACCUCUUAAAACAAAAAUGAAAGACACAUUCAAAUCAGGUGGAAAUAAAUUUAUGAAUCCUAGUAUUUCAUUACCGAAUUCACCAAUUAAAAUAGUUAAUUUAGAGAAUGAUGAAAAAUAUUACGCCGCAACUCAGGAAUUAUACGACGAUUUGUAUUCUCAAAGAGAGUCGUCUCCGGAAUUCGUGAGACCACAGACAACAAAGAUGGUAAACAAUAGUCUUUUAAAAGAAAAGCAAAUUGAAAUUAUAAAUGUAGAUGGUGAGCUCCAACAUAAGGAAAACGAAAUAUCUUCGGGAAAGAAAUACAUUGCAGCUGAUAAGUCGUCAGAUAAUAGCGACGGAGAUGAAAGGAUUAACAAGUUUGUUUCAAGUUUAUCUUCUAAAAUGAUCAGGGAGGUAAUUGGUGUUGAUAAGGACGUCACAAGCGUUAAAAGAGUCCCCAGUGAUCUUUCUGACGUCGAGGUUACACCAAAAAAAGUACGGCCUUUCAAGUUUAUUGAAACCGAGCUGCCAAGCAGCCAGGAAAUAAAAACCAGUAUUUCCAUGACUUCUAAAACACUUGUACGUGAAUCUUCAAGUGAUUCUGAACCAGAAAGAAAUUCUACGCCUCUUUUGUUUCGCAAAAAAAAACAUGUUAAACAAGCUAAAAUCGAUCUGAGGAAAAAAUUUGAAAGACAGGCUUUACCCACAAGAGUGAUAACAAGAGUUCGCAAACCAACCUCGAAAAUACAAGACAGUGUUGAAGAGACCAAAAAGCAAAGUAAAAACAUUCUGAAUCUGAAAUUUUUACCUGAUUUUGAUGACGUGGAUAACGAAAUAAUAUGUGAAAACUUAUGUCAACCCAAAACUAAAACGGAAAAGAAAAAUAAUAAAGAUAGUACAAUAAACCUAACUAAAUCUGCAGAGGUUAAGAAAGAAAGUAAAGCUAGAAAAAAUGUCGCAGCAAAUAAAAAAACCGAUAAAGCUAAAGAUAUUUGUGACAAACAAGAAAAUGAAAAAUUAGCAAACAGACCAAAAGUAAAAAAUAAAACUGUAAAAAUUACGGACAAAAACAAUUCCUACACAUUUAACAAAGAGAAUAAUGAUAGUAUAAAUCCUACUGAGGAAAAAAGUAAAAGUAGCAGCAGAAGUACACGUCGUAUAAAACACACGCAAAAGAGUGAAAGAAUGGACAGUAAAUCAGUGUCGAUAGAAAAGGAGUCAAUACGAAGGUCUCGGCAUAAAGAAGUUGAUAAAACUGAGAGACGCGUUCGUAGCACAAGCAAUGAAAAGAAUGAAAAGACAGCAUUAUUGUCAGAAACACGAAGUACUCGACGCAAACGCAAAGAUUCUAAAAAUGAAGAUGACUCUACAAAGGAACUUAAAAAAAGACGUGGGAGACCAAGAAAAACUGAUAAUAGAGAUGACGAGUUAGACACUACCACUGGGAAAAUUGACAUUUCUAAACAAACUGACAUCAGAAGAAGUAAACGACAUAGAACAGUUAAAGUCAUAGAAACAAAACAAAUUGAUAGAUAUAAGAAAAGCAACCCAGCCAAAGAUCAAAGUACAGUAUACAAUAUUUCAUCAGAAUCUGGUGUAGAAUCACCACGACCUCUAAAAAGAUCUGCUGAAAAUAAUGAUGGACCUAGUCCGAAAAGAACUCGAUCCGCUAUGAUUUCUAACACUUCUACUAUCGUUAGUUCGAACACGUCGUUGGUGGUAAACUCGAAUCGUUCGUCUGUGGGAUCGACAGCGGCUAGAGGUGUAAGGACUCACUACGUGCUCUUCACGGCGUUCCCUUACGAAGAAGUCAAAGUUAAACUGGAAACUUUAGGAGCUGUUGUAGUGUCGGAUGUAAUUUCGUGUACAGUGGUCCUCACGCUGCAAAUUAAAAGGACAUUCAAGUUACUCUGUGCAGUUGGACUAGGGAAACCUAUCGUUGGACCUAAUUGGGUGCAGGCCUGUAAUGACUAUAAGAUGAUUGUUGAUCCAUGGCCAUACCUUAUACAAGACGAAGCGAGCGAAAAGCGGUUCCACUACAGCUUAUCGCGAACUUUAGGUAGCAAGAGGAAUUUCCUUAAAGGCUAUCAUGUGUCUUCCACGCCUUCCGUUUUGCCUAGUGCGCCUGAGAUGAAACUGAUAGUAGAGUGCUCCGGCGGAAAAUGGCAGGCUUCGGGUCCAAAGUGGAUCUGCGUGUCGUGCACCGCAGACCGCGCGCUGUGGCAGCAAUUGCGCCAGAGUGGCGCCACUAUCGUCUCCAGCGAGUUUAUUUUGAGCGGGGUUCUGCAACAAGCAGUCCAUGUCGAGGAAAACCUUUUGAAAUAACUACUGUUGUGUCGAUUAAACCCUUAGGCUCAUUGAGCAUUAAUAUUGCCGCGGAACGGAAUGGAAGUGCAUUUUUGUAAUGAAGUUGUGCAAAGGAUAAUGAAUGUGUUUGUGUCCAUUGUGUAAAGAAUAAUAUUCUUAUACUACAUACGAUACAGUAGCUACAGGAAUUCCCAAGACUGAAAAUUCUCUGGAAUAUGCGCUACCUAUUUUUUGAGCUCGUAUCCAGUUUAUACGUCACAUAACUGGACAUAGUUAUGCAAACUAGAACCAACCCACAAAAUGUCACUUUCGAGAUAAUUAGACUUUUGUAAAAACAG